UGAGAGGAACGUGGGAGGGGAAAACCGGCUGCUCUGGUCCCCCACUUCUUCCCAAGGCCCCCUAGAGCAGGGCAAGUUCGCAGAGGAAGUGUUUUGACCACAGUGAGUCAGAAAUAGACCCAGGCCUGUGCUACCCAGUCAAGUUGCAACAUCCUCUGGCUGCUUGCUGAAGUAGUGUGGAGGUGGGAAGUGGAACCUUCCUAGGCAGAGGCUGUCUUCCCUGUCAUCAGGAGGCAAGCACGAGUGCUGAGGAGGAAAACUUUGCCCUUGGCAGGAGACACAUCCCACAGCCAGCAUGACACUGAGGCCAUCGAGGGCCCCCCACCCCUGGGAGGUGUGGGGUGAGAUGGGGCCGUAUGUGUGCCCAGCAGCUGGAGUUGUGGGAGUUAUCUGUCCCUGUCUACAUGCAAAGGAAGCCUUCCUCCUGCCCUCACCACUUCCGAGAGAUUCCCCUACACACUACUUCCAGAGCCUGGGGAAGGCAGGCUAAGGAUUCCUGCCUCAGGGCUUGGAGAUCCCUGGAGAGGGAGGCUGAGCUGGAGGCUGCCAAGGCUUCCCAUAUGCCCUAUGUGCCCAGGACUACUGAUUUUUCAUUUCCAAAUUUGGUAAAUUUCACUUGGUGUGGACAGGAUAGCAGCUGUCUCUGGAGCACACCAGGCAGGGGAGUAGGCUGGGAGGGAGGAGUAGAGCCAAUCAGGGAUGGACCUGGAGCUCCCUGGGGACACAAGCCUGCUCUCUUUUCCUCCCCUUCCUUUUCCCUUCCUCCUUUCUCCGGCCUCCUCCCCUUCUCUUCCCUCCUUCUUUCCAGCAGCCACUGCCUCUGCUCAGCUGUCCAGCUGCUCCCCUCCCUGGGAGCCCCAGGAGGCCUCCAUGGCUUCACCCCCCUCCACAAACCCGGCACAUGCCCACUUUGAGAGCUUCCUGCAGGCCCAGCUGUGCCAGGAUGUGCUGAACAGCUUCCAGGGACUAUGUGGGGCCCUGGGGCUGGAGCCCGGUGGGGGGCUGCCCCAGUACCACAAGAUCAAGGCUCAGCUCAACUACUGGAGCGCCAAGUCACUGUGGGCCAAGCUGGACAAGCGAGCAGGCCAGACUGUCUACCAGCAGGGCCGGGCCUGCACCAGCACCAAGUGCCUGGUGGUGGGUGCUGGACCUUGUGGGCUGCGGGCCGCUGUGGAGCUGGCACUCCUGGGGGCCCGUGUGGUGCUGGUGGAAAAGCGCACCAAGUUCUCCCGCCACAACGUGCUCCACCUCUGGCCCUUCACCAUCCAUGACCUGAGGGCACUUGGUGCCAAGAAGUUCUAUGGACGCUUCUGCACUGGCACCCUGGACCACAUCAGCAUCCGGCAGCUCCAGCUGCUUCUGCUGAAGGUGGCAUUACUGCUGGGGGUGGAAAUUCACUGGGGUGUCACUUUCACUGGCGUCCAGCCCCCUCCCAGAAAGGGGAGUGGCUGGCGUGCCCAGCUCCAGCCCAACCCCCCCACCCAGCUGGUCAACUAUGAAUUUGAUGUCCUCAUCUCGGCUGCAGGAGGUAAAUUCGUCCCUGAAGGCUUCAAAGUUCGAGAAAUGCGAGGCAAAUUGGCUAUUGGCAUCACAGUCAACUUUGUGAACAGGCGCACCGUGGAGGAGACGCAGGUGCCAGAGAUCAGCGGCGUGGCCAGGAUCUACAACCAGAGCUUCUUCCAGAGCCUGCUCAAAGCCACAGGCAUUGAUCUAGAAAACAUUGUGUACUACAAGGAUGACACCCACUAUUUUGUGAUGACAGCAAAGAAGCAGUGCCUGCUGCGGCUGGGAGUGUUGCGUCAGGACUGGCCGGAGACUGAUCGGCUGCUGGGCAGUGCCAAUGUAGUGCCCGAAGCUCUGCAGCGCUUUGCCCGGGCAGCUGCUGACUUUGCCACCCAUGGCAAGCUUGGAAAACUAGAGUUCGCCCGAGAUGCCCACGGGCAGCCUGACGUCUCUGCCUUUGACUUCACAAGCAUGAUGCGGGCAGAAAGUUCUGCUCGUGUGCAAGAGAAACAUGGCGCCCACCUGCUGCUGGGACUGGUGGGGGACUGCCUGGUGGAGCCCUUCUGGCCCCUGGGCACUGGAGUGGCCCGGGGCUUCCUGGCAGCCUUUGAUGCAGCCUGGAUGGUGAAGCGGUGGGCAGAGGGCGCUGGGCCCCUAGAGGUGUUGGCUGAGCGUGAGAGCCUGUACCAGCUUCUGUCACAGACAUCCCCGGAAAACAUGCAUCGCAAUGUGGCCCAGUAUGGGCUGGACCCAGCCACCCGCUACCCCAACCUGAACCUCCGGGCCGUGACCCCCAAUCAGGUACGUGACCUGUACGACAUGCUGGCCAAGGAGCCUGUGCGGAAGAAGAGUGACAAGACAGACACGGGGAGACCAGCCGCUGGGUCGGCGGGCACCCAGGAGGAGCUGCUCCGCUGGUGCCAGGAACAGACAGCCGGGUACCCAGGAGUCCAUGUCACCGACCUGUCUUCCUCCUGGGCUGACGGGCUAGCUCUGUGUGCCCUGGUGCACCGGCUGCAGCCCGGCCUGCUGGAACCCUCAGAGCUGCAGGGCAUGGGGGCUCUGGAAGCCACUGCUUGGGCACUGAAGGUGGCAGAGCACGAGCUGGGCAUCACGCCAGUGGUAUCUGCACAGGCAGUGGUGGCAGGGAGUGACCCACUGGGCCUCAUCGCCUACCUCAGCCACUUCCACAGUGCCUUCAAGAGUACACUCCAUGGCCCAGGGCCUGCUGCCCAAGCCUCUCCGGGGACCUCCAGUGCUGUAUUGUUCCUUGGGAAACUUCAGAGGACCCUGCAACGGACCCGGGCCAAGGAAAAUGGGGAGGAUGCUGGUGGCAAGAAGCCUCGCUUGGAGGUAGAGGCCGAGACCCCAAAUACUGAGGAGCCACCUGUCCCUGAGCCUGGUGCACCCCUGACACCCCCGUCUCAACACCAGGAGGCUGGUGCUGGGGACCUGUGUGCACUUUGUGGGGAACACCUCUAUAUCCUAGAACGCCUCUGUGUCGAUGGCCAUUUCUUCCACCGGAGCUGCUUCCGUUGCCAUACCUGUGAGGCCACACUGUGGCCAAGUGGCUAUGGGCGGCACCCAGGAGAUGGACGUUUCUACUGCCUCCAGCACCUGCCCCAGCCAGACCACAAAGAGGAUGGCAGCGACGGAGGCCCUCGGAGUCUGGAGCUUCCUACACCAGGUGAGAUUAAUAUGCCACCAGGCCCCUCAACUCACAGAGCCUCGCAGGAGGAGGCCACUCCUGUUCCAAGCCCCAGCCAGCCCACCCGUCGGUUGAUCCGCCUCCCCAGCCCGGAACGCCAGCGGUUGUCCACCCUCAACCUUACCCCUGAUGAGGAAAUGGAGCCGCCACCCAAGCCCCCCCGCAGCUGCUCUGCCUUGGCCCGCCAGGCCCUGGAGGGCAGCUUUGUGGGUUGGGGCAUGCCAGUCCAGACACCUCAAGUUCUUGUGGCCAUGGAGGAGGAAGAGAGUCCUUGUUCCAGUGAAGAAGAAGAAGAAGACGAAGGGGAGGAAGAUGUGCCUUUGGAUUCAAACGUGGAACAGGCCCUGCUAACCUUCGCCAAGACCUCAGGCACCAUGAAUAAGUACCCAACAUGGCGUCGGACUCUGCUGCGCCGUGCUAAGGAAGAGGAGAUGAAGAGGUUCUGCAAGGCCCAGGCCAUCCAGCUGCGACUAAAUGAGAUUGAUGCUGCUCUGAGGGAACUGGAGGCUGAGGGCGUGAAGCUGGAACAGGCCCUGAGGAGCCAGAGUAGUUCCCCAGAACAGCAAAAGGAACUGUGGGUAGAACAGCUGCUACAGCUUGUUCAGAAGAAAAACGGCUUGGUGGCUGAGGAGGCUGAGCUCAUGAUCACGGUACAGGAGCUGAACCUGGAGGAGAAGCAGUGGCAGCUGGACCAGGAGCUCCGCGGCUACAUGAACCGGGAAGAAACACUAAAGACCGCUGCCGAUCAGCAGGCUGAGGACCAGGUCCUGAGGAAACUGGUGGAGGUGGUGAACCAGCGAGAUGCCCUCAUUCGCUUCCAGGAAGAGCGCAGGCUCAGUGAGCUGGCCUCGGGGACUGGGGCCCAGGGCUAGAAGAAGAUGGGCUGCCUGGGAGAGGGCCUCACUGUUUACAAUUAAAAUGUUUCUGUCGUAAACAAGGCUUAGGCUGCCUGCAGGUGGGAAGUGGGAGGUGGGCAGGGAAGGCAGAAGACGUUGUAGGAGCCUUAAGGUCUAAAGUGUGCUGAUCACACUGACCUUUGGCUCCCAUCACUGCCUCUACGUAAAAGAAAAAGGCAGAGCCAUUAAAGAGUCAAGCUUUAUUGUUCCUCA